GGAAAGUCCGGACAUCGUCACAUCGGCCGCCCGUGGAUUAUAAAGCCGACUUUAUUCAGAAAAGCCCCCCCUUAAACCCGAGAAACUACAGUCUCUGCUGUUCCGCCACUUAGAGGACUCUUCAGCAUCUGCCCGGAGAAGCUUCACACCGCGGCGACCCGGCCUCCACCGACUCGUCCGACAUUGCCUGGAAAGAUGAUGGGAGGUCACGUGGUGCGACUUGCGCUUCUUCUGUGCAUCACGGCUGCAGCCUGUGCCUCAAGUCAAACGUGUGAUCCAACAAAGGCUUCUAACAAGACUUGGGUCCACGUGAGUGACGUUCUAAUAGACUGCUGGACCAGCUUCGUCACAGAGGACAAGGCAGAGGUCCACAUCCUUAACCUCAACUUUGCCGGCAAUGACUACAAUUUGUUCUCUCUGGAGAUGACCAAUGCCAGGCCGAUGAACCUCAUCAUCACCUCCCAGGACACGGCCUACGCUGCAUGCGGGCUCAACCCCGACGUCAACGUUUACAUUAACACACCCUCCACGGUUAGUUUUCCCUCAUGCAACCAUCCCAACAACAUCCACAACCAAAGCUUCCCGACUCAACCCAAGGAGCUGGUCAAGUGGGCAACACAGAGGUUUGGGGGCGUGACCUCAUUCACCACCAUCAGUAAUCUGCAUUCCAUAACAGCGAAUGCAACAAAGGGAACCAAAUCCGGCCCUAGUUCCUGCAUACUCCGAAGUGAAGAUGUGUCCCAGAAGCACUUUAUGGAAAUUCACGCAGAAACCAAGGCUUCUUUGGUCGAAUCGUGCUCCCCGCAGCCAACGAUCCCCAAUAUUGAAAAAGAGCUUCACAUCAUAAACGUCUUGGAAACUUCCACCGCUCGCGAUGUAUCAGUUCGCAUUGACACCAAAAGCACCAGCGUGUUCUUGAGAGGUCCUCGGGGCACCACGUGGACCCUCAUCAACCCGCAGCAGACCCAAUUUGGUUCCAACAACGCCGUCCUGCUGCUCACGUUGAACCAUACAAUGCCGCCGUCAGUUCAGCUGGACAGCGACAGUGCACAGGACGUGCAAAGGAAGGCGUUAAGUUAUUUCAGUGCAACCACUUUCACCAGCUACACUGAGCUCGGACCACAGCGCUCUAGGGUUCAACUGGUCCUUGGAAUGAAAGAAAAGCCUGCAGUCGUAGAAACGUCUCCAGCACCAGUGACUCCCCUUGCAACCAAUGCCCCUGUGCCUCUGCUGAUGCAGCUGCACACCUCUCCAGACUACCGUUCUCCCUUGGACCCUGCCACCAAGGUGCAGAGCGACAAGAGAAUCUAUGCCGAGAUCUCAAUGCACUCAAACAUCAUCCUGACCAUCAGGGUGAUCAGCUGCUCCGUGCGAUCCAUGGGCUCAUGUCCCGUAAUAAUGAAACCGCUGUCCUUCAAGCCAGAGGCCUGCCCCUCAAAUUCUUGUCCCAACAGCACCCGGCUCAGCUUUACCUUAGAACAGCUCCAGGAGCUGACGUCCACCACGUGGGACUUGGAAUGCUCCGUCAAACUUUAUCACAGUGAGAAAUGUGUACACGAAGGAAGAGUGAAGAGGAAUCUGGAGGUUACCCAACCGUCUUUGCAACCACCAACCCCACCGUGCUUUCAUUUCGGCUUACCGGGCGUUCUGGGCAUCGCGUUUGGAGGGUUCCUGAUUGGAGUGUUACUCAUUGGAGCACUGUGGUUUAUCAAGAUUAAAACAGGGUACCCGACUGGACUGGAUAUAAGCUCAACUGCAGCGAAUCUACCUGGGUGUCCCUGCUCAGGAGCAAAACGACAACCCGUCUCCACCAACCCUUCCCCCUCUGAGGACAGCAGCGCCAACGCCAGCAUCGGAAGCACCCAAAGCACGCCGACCAGCAGCAUGGCAUGAGAUUAUGGUGAUCUCCACCACAGCAGCAGAGCCACCGCCUCCCUUUCAAAGUCACCUAUAUGGGUUUUGUGCUUUCUCUUUUCUUUAAUAAUUAAUGCUCAUAAAGCAUUUUCUGCCGUUCCCUGCCCCCUUUUCAAAGUCCUCAUUUAAAAGCACUAGCCGAAGCCGGGAGUGGAUGUGACCUGGGCGUUUUGGAGGAUCGGAGGCGGGAGGGGCGGGUAGCUGGGUGACAGAUGACAGAAGUCUAAUCAAUGGCCUCUGACGCUCACCUCUGCGGCCUCUCGGUAAAGUCAAGCUCCUAGACAGGAAGUUAAAAAGGGCAAGAGAAGAAAAAAAAAAAAAGAAUUGGCUUCCAGCAACAGGAAAAACAAACCAUAUCCCCCCCAAGAGCUAACAGGAAAUUCCCUGCAUUCCUUUCAAUGAAUUGUGCUUGUGUGAUGGCAGCACAAUAAUGGUUAGACAGGAGACAGGCUAGUCUAAAGACAUACUUUGAAAAGUAGAUGAAACAUUGUUUUGCUUUCACAUCUAAGCAAUGAAAAUACGAAAGGGCUUUGUGGCCAUGUCUAGAAAAGUUAUUAACAACGUGAGACUGAAAAGCUCAACCUGAUGAUGAAAUGCUCACCUAAAGGGAGCAUUUGUCUUAAUUGGAGUGAAAGGUCAAUAGUUAACAGCUACCUCCUAAUAUUUAGAGUUAAGUGUAAAGUUAUUGCUAGAUUUCACUGUUGAAUUUAUCUUGCUUUUUUCAAUUUUUGUUUAAAUUUAUGUUACUAUCCGGUAACCUUGUAGCUCUUGUGCCAUUUUUUCAUACUAUGCAAUAGCCGUAUCAGGGCCUUCAUAUUAAAGUCAGUUUUUUUUCCUUCCAGUCCAUUUAUAAUUUAAGAGAAUACAUACACGAUUUCCAAUCACUCAACAAAACCAGUCAUAAGUUAUAUUUAUGGCCCAAAGGACACAAUAAAUAAUGGACCAUUAAGAAAAAAAGUACUUCUUGUGAACUGAGAAAUAAUCAAUUUUGUAAUGUACAUUACAGCACAGCUGAGUUAUGUGUCAUUAAUGAGAAGUUGAUACCAAAACUCACAUCAAUUUUCAUACAGCUAAACCCACAGGGCGAAGUUUAAAAAAAAUAGUCCUUCUAGAGGUGAAAUUUCAGUACUUUUCCUUUUCCCAAUAUGCAUUUUUUCUCCAUUACAACUGUAACAUACGUUAACUCAUAAAUACAAAAAAACAUUUUAGUAAAUAUAUAUAUAAAUCAUGUAUCAUAUACAUAUAUAUAUCAAUUAUUUUUAGACUGAUGGAAUCCUUCCCCUUUUGAAUUACAUUGACCAAUGAUUAUAGUGUAUAAACCAUAAUGCUCCUCCAAUAUUCGAAGAUCAAGACUUUUUAAAGUGUAUAAAGUCUCCUACUUGUUUUUCCAUUUUUAAAGACUUUGAUAGUAAUGCCAUCACACUGUAAGAUGACCACACAAACAAGAUUUCCCUUUCAGACCUCUUAUGGACGUAACCACACUACGAGAAACCUGCAUCCCUUGUGUGGGAUCUUUUGGUACCUAAAAUAGGAUUUCAUAAUGAACAACAAAAGAAUGGGAUAGAAAACCUAAAUUCUAGGUGAAAACACGUGAACUGAACAGAGGUCAUUUGGUGCAUAAAUCUAUAUGGUCAAGUUGGACAAGCCCACUUCCCCCUCAUUUUUAAAGUCACCAGCUCCGAAUACAGCCUUUAUUGGACCCCGUUGUGUUAUUAAUGAUUUUGCUUUAACCCCACAAAUUCAACCUUAGCAUGAUUUACAGCUGUCACAUGACGUGCCUAGUGAUGACGUGUCAUUGGAGAGGCAUGGAUUUCUCAUUCAAGUGAUUUACUUCUGCUCUCUACAUUUGAUAGGCUGCAUCAGCCGCUGCAGUGCUAAUGCUAGACAGAGCUGCAUACGUGCAUAAUAAGGACUGGUGAGGGCUGCAACUGUGGAGUGACGGUUGAUCCGGGAACCCACUACUUUCAUUUCAAUGUACAAAUGUAAAUGUAACUUUGAUUUUUUUUUUUUCAUCCACUCUGUUACCUCUUAACAAAUAUCCCCCAUGUAUGUAUAAGUAAGCAAUUGGUAUCCACAGUAAUUUGAGACAAAUCUGAUGUUAAAACAAUUCCUUUUAUAGAUUUGACACAAUGAAAUAGACUACCCCUCUCUUCGGUGUAUUCCAAAACGCCAGUUUGUAAUCUGUCUCCUCACUGUACGUGAUGCUCUUACACCCCUGUAGCUCAGUGUGUGUCUGCAUGUGCGAGGACAAAAGAGGGCCAGUACAAAUUGCAACUUGAGUAUAUGUGCAAUAUGAUGAGGUAAACUUUGUUUAUCUACGUGUAGUUUUUUUUUUUUUUUACAAUUUAUUUUUGUGCAAAUGUUGUAUGUAUGAUGUUCUCACUCUGAACCUUUUUUUUUUUUUAUUAGUGGGCUUUUUUAUUUUAUGUGUUUGAAGAACUGGGACAAUUCCUAAUCAAGGCACUUGUCAAAUGCAAACAUUUGUUUUGUGUUUUUAUAUUUCAUAUAGAUUUGAGUUUUGAUUACAAUGUAGUCACAGACUGUGCAUGUCACAGCACAUGUCAGAGACAGAAAGUAGUUUUUUUCACCCUUGUUUGACUUUUGCUCCGACUCCAAGAUUCCCCUGCUGUUCAAAAAACAUGGAAUAUCUCUGCCGAUACUGACAUCCUGACAUUGUAUUGCAUUCAUUGUGCUAUCUUCAGUGGGUUUGAUGGGGAAGUGCAUUCUGAUAGACAGAAUGUCUCGCCACACAGGAGGAUCUCAGCAAAAUAUUCAACACCCGCAGGGAACAUUCAAACUUAAAACAGUGAAAAAUGUCGUGGUUAUUGAUAACUUUCAUCAAUUAAUCGUACAACGUGCAGCUGAAAGCUGCCACUCUGACUGAUUCUGUUUGAGCGCUGACAGUAAAAUCCGACAGGCUACCAGUCAAUUCACUUGUUAACCCUGCAGAUUCAUUACCUCUGACAACAGCUUCCUCACCCACAGACAGUCCACACACAGUAAACACACCGUGCGCGUGUGUGUGCACACAAUAUCUGUCUCUGUGUGGGUGUACAAUAGAAACUGCCUACAUUUAUGUGAAUGGAUCCUUGCUCCAGUCUCUUAACAAUGUCCACGUUCUGAAUUUUUACCCAAAGCUGAAGCGUCAACAUGUCAGCGUGUCUCCUUUGAUUCAAUCAAGUAUAGAAUGCAAUGUUUGUAAUGCAAGUCUUUGUGCCAUUUCAAAUGGUUCUAUUUCUUGAGAUACUACUAAUCAAAUGUAUGUAGUCUCUGCAGAAAUAUAUGUUUUGUCAGAAAUUAUCUUAAUAAAGAAGAAAUAACAAUUG